UUCAGGUUAUAAACCAUCACUGAGGUUUAUUUUUUGUGUAUUUUUACAUAUAUUUCAAGUACAGGCAAUUAAAAUAUAUGCAAUAUCUUCUCUUCUUAUGAUAUUGUUGUUUUUCUCUAAUUUUACCCUUCCACCAAUGAGGAAAGGUGUUGUAGGAGCUUGGUAGCCAAUCAGCGGGUGACUUGUUCCCGUGUCCAGCCUGUCCGACUGGGCGUUGCAGAUAUUCAGGAAAUUGUUUUUCCUCCUUUUGUUUUCGUCGGUGUUUUGUUUAACGUUGGAAAAUAAACCACAGUUUGAUGGCUUCUCGUGUGAUUUGGGUAAGAACGUGUCCGUCACGUGACGAUAGCGUGUCGUUAAAUGGUGGUGGGAUGGUAAAAGGUCGUUUGUCAACACUCUCCUCGGUGGGGGGGCUCGCCCGUCAGACGUUAGGGGUCCUUAAGGGUUAAUUCAUUCUUGCAAUUCAAAUAUCCAAAUAAUGAAAAAGUCAGUGCCCCGUCCCAAGUGUGGUGAGAUGAGCAACCCCAUCAUUGACCUUCCAGCUGACCCGUCCUCUGCCGGGAUGUCUACUCUUGUGGCAAACCCCCAAACUUUGCACCCGUCAACGCUACAAAACAGGCACCUCGCCAUGCCUCAUCACAGCCACAGCCUCCUGGAGUUUUUGAACGAGGACCGGACCCGGCAGAAGUUCUGCGACGUCUCCGUGGUGGUGGGUGGGAAGGUGUACAGCGCCCACAAGGUGGUGUUGGCGCACGGAAGCAGCUACUUCCACGCCGAGCUGUCAAAGAGCUCUGCUGCGACUGUGACUCUGGAGCACGUGGAGGACUCGGUUUUCCAGCUUCUGCUGGGGUUUCUGUACACUGCGGAGUGCGUCGUGGCUGAAGCCGACGUGCCCGCUCUCACCGAAGCAGCCCGCUUUCUGAACAUGAUGGAUGUACUAAAGCUGGUUUGUGAAGAAAGAGGGACCAACUCUGUUGGAGUGAUUCAUGCUCAAGCGGAGAUGAAGGAGAUCUCUGGGAAGAAAGUUAUUUCCAGUAACCUAACAGGGACGGAUAUUCAAAUCUCACCUGAGGAAAAAAAUGCUUUUCUCAACCAACAGUUUCCCGCUGACACCUCCAUGCAAGACAAUUCGGCUCCUUGUACAAAUGUGGCCUCAACUGAGAAUGCAAAACAGGCAGAAGAGAGAAGCGUUACCACUCGAAGAUCAUCUCGAAGGAGAAGAGCACCUACCAAAUAUAAAAGAGACAACUUUAAGGACUCCAUUACAACAUCUGAGGAAAAAGAAAAAAGUGCAUCACCAAGGCGGGACGUAGAAGAACGAGUGGAAGUAGAAGGAGGAGGAGACCUGACAGUGGAAAGCGAGACGCUGCUGCUGGUUGGGAAUGAGCCCUCUGAACAAACCCAGGGGAGCGACGAGAUGCACGAGGACGGAGACGACGACGUGCAGAACUCUGGGAAUGUUGCUCAGAAGAACAUCGAUGAGGUAGAUGAAGCAAACAGAAGCCUCCAGGCUGUGGAGGAGCCAGGAGGGGUCAUGCCUACAGCAGGAAGCUCGAACCGCGCAUCAGCUUACCCCGAGGGCCUCGAUCCAGUCAUCAUCCAGACCUCCAACAAGAAGACGCUCAAGUGCCCCAAAUGUGACAAGACGUUUGACCGCGCAGGUAAAUAUGAGAGUCAUACCAGAGUGCACACAGGGGAGAAACCAUUCCAGUGUGACGUCUGCCUCCAGUGCUACUCCACCAAAUCCAACCUGAACGUACACAAGAAGAAGCACACCAGCGACGCUUCCUUCCCAAAGAAGGAACACAAGUGUCCCUUCUGCAACAAACUCCACGCCAGCAAGAAAACGCUGGCAAAGCACGUCCGGAGGUUUCAUCCAGACUGCACCCAAGAGUUUUUGAACAAGAGGAAGAGAAAAAGUGCAAGCUGGGAAUGUUCUAUAUGCUCAAAGACCUUCAGCCGGAAGCCUCACCUACAGGAGCACAUGAUCCUGCACACCCAGGACCGCCCCUUCAAAUGCUCUUUCUGUGAUGAAUUCUUCAAAUCCAGGUUUGCCAGGCUAAAGCACCAGGAAAAGUUUCACUUAGGUCCGUUUCCGUGUGAGAUCUGCGGGCGUCAGUUUAACGAUUCGGGAAACAAAAAGAGGCACAUCGAGUGCACGCACGGAGGGACGCGGAAAUGGACCUGCUUCAUUUGUGGGAAAUCAGUAAGAGAAAGGACGACCUUACGGGAGCACCUGAGGAUCCACACGGGAGAGAAACCUCACUUUUGUAACAUUUGUGGUCAAAGUUUCCGUCACAGCAGCUCGUACAGGCUGCAUCUGAGAGUGCACCGUGACGACAAACGCUACGAGUGCAACGAGUGUGGAAAAACGUUCAUACGUCACGAUCAUUUAACCAAACAUCAAAAAAUUCACUCUGGGGAGAAAACGCACCAAUGUGAAGAAUGCGGGAAAUGUUUCCGCCGUCACGAUCACCUGACGGUUCACUACAAAAGCGUCCAUUUGGGAGAAAAAGUCUGGCAGAAGUACAAAACGGCAGUGCAUCAGUGCGAGGUCUGUAAGAAAGAAUUUAAAGGAAAGUCCAGUCUAGAGAUGCACUUCAGAACCCAUUCUGGUGAGAAACCCCACAGAUGUCCAGAGUGCCAUCAAACGUUUCGCAUCAAGAAGACGCUAACGAAGCACAUGGUGAUUCACUCGGACGCCCGGCCCUUUAACUGCCCCCACUGCAGCGCCACCUUUAAGAGGAAAGACAAACUCAAGUACCACGUCGACCACGUGCACGUCGCCCGCUUUUCGGAGCCGGCGGUCGGCGUGGACAAAACCGUCUCCGCUUCUUUCCAGGAACCCUCUAAGGGUUAUGAAGGCGAACCGAAGGCGUCUCUUCAGAGCGCCCCUUCAAAUGUCUGCAUUCCCGUCACGUUGGUGUCCGUGGCUGGGGCGGCGCAGGGCGACGUGCACGCUCACAGGCCCUCGGCUCUCUCCUCCCAGGCUUACGGCGUCGUCAGCAUCCCGGCUCAAGGACAGCAGCAGAACUCCAGCUAUCAAGCCACCACGGACCUGGCCUUUCUGGAGAAGUACACCCUCACCCCUCAGCCCGCCAACAUCGUCCACCCGGUCCGACCCGAGCAGAUUCUGGACCCGCGGGAGCAGUCCUACCUGGGCACACUGCUGGGAUUGGAUUCAGCUUCGUUGGUACAAAACAUUUCCAGCUCGGAUCAUGCUCACUGACCCGCAUUCAGUGUCUGUCCUCCACAAAAACAACACAAUCUGUGACUGAACUACACACACGAGCUUCAAGGUAUUUAUU